CUGCUAAUAAGCACCACCUCUCCCCUCUCGCUCCCACGGCCCUUUGUUUGCAUCGAUCGAUCGACCUCGUUGGUGGAGGCGAUCGAUUCGUUUCCCCUCCCCUUCUUUGGAUUUCGAUCUCUCAAUCUCUCUCUCUCUCUCUCUCUCCCUCUCUCUUGGUCGAUCGAUCGAUCUCGUUUCAUCGAUCGAUGGCUCCGGUGUCCGCGUUGGCGAAAUACAAGCUGGUGUUCUUGGGGGAUCAAUCAGUGGGAAAGACGAGCAUCAUCACCCGAUUCAUGUACGACAAGUUCGACAACACCUACCAGGCUACAAUCGGCAUAGAUUUUUUGUCAAAGACUAUGUACCUUGAAGACCGGACUGUCAGACUACAGCUUUGGGAUACUGCUGGGCAGGAGAGAUUUAGGAGCCUUAUUCCAAGCUAUAUUCGAGACUCUUCUGUUGCUGUUAUUGUAUACGAUGUUGCAAGCCGCCAGUCUUUCUUAAACACUUCAAAGUGGAUUGAGGAAGUUCGGACAGAGAGGGGUAGUGAUGUUAUCAUUGUCCUCGUUGGAAACAAGACUGAUCUUGUUGACAAGAGGCAAGUCUCGAUAGAAGAAGGAGAAGCCAAGGCGCAAGAGCUUGGCGUCAUGUUCGUUGAAACAAGUGCAAAAGCUGGGUUUAACAUAAAGGCCCUUUUCCGAAAGAUAGCUGCAGCCUUGCCGGGAAUGGAGACCCUCUCCUCUGCGAAGCAGGAAGAGAUGGUCGAUGUAAACUUGAAAGCCACGAAUGCAAAUUCUUCGCAAGCACAGUGUCAGUCAGGAGGAUGCAGUUGUUGAGACCCAUCCAUUUAGUUUUGUUCCUACAAAUGAGUUCGAUUGCCAAAGUAUUUUCUGCUUCCACUAGGCUCCUGUCAAUACCGUAAGUUUUUUUUUACUUCUUUCUUUCUUCUUUCUGUCCUUCAGCUGCGCUGGAUCUAUUACCGAAAAUUAGGAUUUAUCACAGGUUUCAAUAGUGUGAAUCAGUGUUAUGUUUCUUAGCAAUUAGGUGAGGGUGUUCAGAUAUUUUAGUUCAUAUGAAGAUUCUCUUCUAUUCUGUCCUCGGAUUGUUACUGGUGUUAUUGCUGUUGGUCUUCAAUACGAGCAAUGUGAUUUACAUCUGUAUGAUUCCAUCAGCUGUAGUUAAAAGUCGAGAAUCAUCAGCUGUAGUUAAAAGUCAAAAUGGCAGGCUUUGCAAUGCUUUAUUAUCAGUCUGUGGUGUUUUGCACUUC